CUUCUUUAUUACGCCAACUGCCAAGUGCUGCGUGUUUGUUGUACAGUUUCGAAUUUGCCGGUGAUAAAGCGCCCCGUAUUGACAUAUAAAUUACGCCCCUAUUAUAAAUUUUAUUCAGUAACUCAUCAGGAGGUAACCAAGAAGAUGCCUUCAGAGAAAGUAUUACCACAGAUUUUUAAGUAUGUUGACCAGAAUGUUGAUUCCUAUAAGAACCUUUUAAAAGAAGCUGUAGCAAUUCCGUCUGUAUCAUGUGAUGUAAAAUACCGCGAUGACUGUGUUCGAAUGGUUAAUUGGACAAAGGAAAAAUUGAAGGAGGUUGGAGCGAGUACCGAACUGCGAGACGUUGGAUAUCAAACAAUUGAUGGAAAGGACGUUAAAUUGCCGCCUGUCCUGAUUGGUACUUUGGGCAAUGACCCCAAGAAAAACACCAUCUGUAUUUAUGGGCAUUUGGAUGUACAACCAGCUUUAAAGUCUGAUGGCUGGGAGUCGGAGCCCUUCGUACUAGUUGAGCGCAAUGACAAACUGUAUGGAAGAGGUUCAACUGAUGACAAGGGACCAGUGUUGGGAUGGCUUCAUGCCAUUAAUGCUUACAAGGGUGUUGGUGAAGAGCUGCCAGUAAAUUUGAAAUUCGUCUUUGAAUGCAUAGAAGAGUCUGGUUCGGAAGGAUUGGAUGAGCUGCUAAUGACAAAAUUGAAGCCUGAAGGGUUCUUCGAUUCAGUUGAUUAUGUUUGCAUUUCCGAUAACUACUGGCUAGGAACAACUAAACCGUGCAUUACAUAUGGGUUGAGAGGAAUCAGCUAUUACUUCUUGGAGGUGGAGUGUGCGAAAAUGGACUUACAUAGCGGUGUCUAUGGUGGAACUGUGCAUGAAGCAAUGACGGACUUGAUUUACUUGAUGAACACACUAGUGGAUAAGAAUGGAAAGAUUCAAGUAACAGGAGUUUAUGACUCUGUAGCACCCUUGACGGAAAACGAAAAGAAGUUAUAUGAUACUAUCGAUUUUGACCCUGAAGCUUACAGGCAAUCGAUAGCAGCUCACAAACUAGCGCACAAUGGUGUGAAGGAACAGCUUCUGAUGCACAGGUGGAGGUACCCGAGCCUAUCUCUUCACGGCAUUGAAGGUGCCGCUUUUCAACCGGGAGCAAAAACCGUGAUUCCCGGAAAGGUGAUUGGAAAAUUCUCCAUUCGUCUAGUCCCCAACCAAGAGCCGAAGGAAAUUGAACAACUCGUAUUUGAUUAUGUUAAUAAAAAGUGGGCAGAGCAUGGGUCGCCGAACAAGAUGCGUAUCUGGGCGCAGAGCGGCCGCGCGUGGACCGAGAACCCCGACCACCCGCACUACCAGGCAGCCGCUAGAGCCACUAAGAUGAUUUACCAGACGGACCCAGACAUGUCACGUGAAGGUGGUUCAAUCCCAGUGACAAUCACACUCCAAGAGGCGAGUGGUAAGAACGUGCUGCUGCUGCCGAUGGGCGCCGGGGAUGAUAUGGCGCAUUCGCAGAACGAGAAGCUCAACGUGAGGAACUAUAUCGAGGGGAUAAAACUAUUCGCCGCAUAUUUGUACGAAGUCAGCAAAUUACCUAAAUAGGGAGCGACAUCUACAGAUAAUUGCAGCCACUGCAAAAAUUCAGUCGAAAUUUAAAAUUGAUCAGUAUUUUUUUCAAUUAUAGUGAUUGGUCUUGCCAGAGUUUAUUCAUUUCUUAAAAUUAGCACACUAAAGCUGCCUUACAAUUUAUUAUAUUUGAUAUUAAAAAGAAAAAGAUAAACAUUCCAUGUCAUUGAGUACAAUGUGGAAUUACUAUGUAAUACUCUUUUCCAAGAACGCUAGUUUUUUAAUGUCUUAAUUUUUUGCAUAAUAUCACUAUGUAAUAUAUUUUAGUUGUAUGUGCAUAAUAUUCUGUUAAACAAUCAUAAUAAAGUUGAAUUUAUCAAAUGGUGCAUAAUAAAGGUUUUGUAUUAA